AUGAGGAGGUUGGGUUGUGAUCCCAUCGUUUUUGUGGUGCCAGAAACAGGGGGGGCAGGAAGCUACGACACUGGUGUGAUUUCGGCCGUUCUCGUCAGUCUCAAAAGUGACCUCGGACACGAAUUGGAUUCGCACGAGCAGGAGUUGAUCACGUCCAUUACUUCUGGCGGCGCUUUGAUCGGUGCGGCUGCUGCGUUCUCCGUGGCGCAAAUGACUGUUGGACGCUUCAUUGUCGGCUUGGGAGUCGGUUCUGCGGCCAUGAUUAUCCCUCUCUACAUCGGCGAACUCGCACCCGCCAAGCAUCGCGGUCGCAUGAUUGCAUUCGACAACAUGAGCGUAACCCUCGGACAACUCAUCUCUUACGCCCUCGGCGCCGGCUUCACCGAGGUCUCCCACGGAUGGCGCUACAUGGUUGCUGUCGGCGGUAUUCCACCCAUUAUCCUCGCUUUCCUCCUUCCCAUGUGCCCUGAGUCGCCCCGACAGCUCAUCUCUCACGGAAAACUCGAGGAGGCUACGCGCGUCAUUAGGCGCGUCUACCCGCACGCGACGGAGGAGCAGGUCAACGCCAAGGUUGGACACAUGACGUGGUCGGUCGAGGUCGAGGCCCAGGCUACCUCAGCCUCGCUUUGGGAUCGCUUUAAGGAGUUGCACGUUGUGCCUGCCAACUUCCGUGCUCUUGUUACCGCGUGCGCAAUUAUGUCUAUCUCACAGCUUGGCGGUUUUAAUACUUUAAUGUACUAUAGCGGGGUUCUCUUCGGCCUUGUUGGCUUCGACAAGCCUGUUGCUGUGUCCAUCCUCGUUGGCGCCACCAACUUCGUCUUCUCGCUGGUCAACCUCUUCAUCAUCGACAGACUCGGCCGGCGCCGCAUUCUCCUGGUGACUGUUGCUGGAAUGUCCGUCAGCAUGGCCGUAGCCGCCGUUGCCUUCCACUGGAUCCCAGUCUCGCUAGAUCUCAAACUCCAAGCUACCUCGGUAAACUGGGCUGGCAUCCUCGUCCUCGUGACCAUCAUCGUCUACGUCGCCUGCUUCGCCGGCGGUGUCGCCACCAUCGCUUGGGUCGGCACCGAGCUCCUGCCCCUCGAGGUCCGCGCCCUCGGCCCCAUGAUGAACAUGGUCACCUGCUGGGGCUGCAACAUCAUCAUCGCAUCUACUUUCCUGUCCAUGAUGAAGGGCAUGACGCCCAGCGGCGCGUUCGGGCUCUACGCGGGAAUUUGCUUCUUCGGAUGGGUCUUUGUAGGCUUCUGUUAUCCCGAGGCCAACGGUUUGCCGCUCGAGGUUAGGCAGAUCUUCUCUACUGGGUUUGGUGUCAAGAAGGCGAAUGAGCUACAGAGACUUCGCAAGAUGGGUGGUGGCUCGGCUUAG